AUGUGGAUCUGCAUGCUUCACAAUGAGACGGACACCAUCUUGGACAUCCAGCUCUGCCAGGACUUUGGCCUCAUCUUAUCGGUCCUCUCCCUCAUCUACCUCCUGGUGUGUUUCCCCCUGGGGCUGUGCUACAAUGUGCUGCUGGUCGCGGUAAACCUCUCUAACAAGGUCUCCAUGACCAUGCCCGACGUCUACUUCGUCAACAUGGCCAUUGCGGGCCUCGUGCUCAACCUGGUGGCACCGGUGGAGCUCCUUGGCUCUGCGUUCACACGCUGGCAUGCAUGGGAGUACAACGACGAGAUCCUCAUCACCCUGCUCAUCCUCUUCAAUAUCUCCUCUCUGGUCAUCAUGUACUCCACCACGCUGCUCAGUCUGGACUACUACAUAGAGCGGGCGCUCCCUCGAACAUACAUGUCCAGCGUGUACAACACCAAACACGUGUGCGGGUUCAUUUGGGGCGGGGCGGUGCUGACGAGCUUCUCGUCGCUGCUUUUCUACGUGUGCAACCACAUCUCCACGAAGAUGGUCGAGUGCUCCAAAAUGCAGAACAAAGAGGCAGCUGACGCCAUCAUGAUAUUCAUUGGUUACGCCGUUCCGGCCGUUGCCGUGCUUUACGCUUUUGUUCUAAUUUUACGCAUCAGAAAGGAGUCGACGCCUCUGGAUCAGGACUCGGCACGCUUGGACCCAUCUAUACACAGGCUGCUGCUUGCCUCAGUCUGUGUGCAGUUUGUCUUGUGGACCCCAUACUACAUGACCCUGUUGGUGCACACUGUAGCUGGUGCACCGGGGCACAUUACCAACGCACAUUACUUUCCUACGUAUAACUUCAUAAAAUGUGUAUCUAAACUGCUGGCGUUCUCCAGCAGCUUUGCAAUGCCCCUCAUGUACAGACGGAUGAACAAAAACUUCUCCGGCAAGCUCCAGCGGCUGCUCAGGAGGCUGCACUGCAGGGACCAGUCCUGCCCUCAUGAACGCUCAGCAGUGCAGCAAGUGGUGACGUGAACUUCUCCUGGGCCCAGCCGCCAGCACCACCCUCCACUCAGCCACCCCACCCACACAGAGCCAGUAUCUGACCGGGCUUCCUCACGGCUCUGGAUUGUGUGAGGAGCGACGCUACUGACGGUGGAAUUUCCUGUCCCUUUCCAGAACUCGAUGUGAUAUCUCCAUUUUCCACAGCGACAGGACAAAACACACACACACACUCAAAGUGCUGCUUUUUUAUCAUUAAGUAAAGCUCACCACAAACAUACUUGGGUUUCUGGUUUAAAGGGUGUUAAAAUUAGU